UUUGUCAUUCUUCGUUUCCUUUAUUUAGUGGGCCGUUCUUAGAGAAAAUCUGAUUCAACAAUAAAUAAUUCGAAAUGAUGGCUGAGGAUGCAACAGCCGAAGCUACCAGACGUCUCAACGUUAAGAAACAAACGUUGGAUGACGCGUACGCGGCGCCGGCGAAUUUCUUAGAAAUCGACGUUCUUAAUCCAGUGACCACUAUGGGUGUUGGUAAAAAACGCUACACGGAUUACGAAGUUCGUAUGAGGACAAACCUACCCGUUUUCAAAGUGAAAGAUUCGAGCGUCAGACGGCGGUAUAGCGACUUCGAGUGGCUCAGGAAUGAAUUGGAGAGGGACAGCAAGAUAGUCGUACCUCCCUUGCCCGGCAAAGCUCUGAAGAGACAGUUGCCGUUCAGAGGCGAUGAUGGUAUAUUUGAGGAGGAAUUUAUAGAGGACCGCAGAAAAGGUCUGGAAGUGUUCAUCAACAAGAUAGCCGGACACCCGCUGGCGCAGAACGAGCGCUGCCUCCACAUGUUCCUGCAGGAGCCCACCAUCGACAGGAGCUACGUGCCCGGCAAGAUCAGGAACACAUAACUGAACACGCCGCGCCGUCACCAGAGCAGAGGCUUUGCAGCAGUCCUCGCGCCCCACCGACAUCGGGGAGUCGCACGCUGGUGUGAUUCAAGAUCGCUAUGCAGUACGGAGGUGGACUGGAAUCAUCAUCGGGACUACGGAGCAGCUGUGACGGAGGCUGCGGGUUUUGAUCGAAGCUGGUGUGCAUGUGAAGUUGGCUAAUGUUUUUGGAAUGAUACGGGCAAUGUGAUGCUCUGGUACAGCGGUCCUCAAACCUUUUUUUUUUACUUAGUGAUAGACUAACGUACUCUUUACAGAUUCGCGAAACUCUUGCAUACAACAUUUUUGUUGGUUGUAAUAAACAUAGGUACAGGUGAAUUGAUAUUUAGUAAAUAUCUCUUGUGAGUCCGCACGGGUAGGUACCACCACCCUGUCUAUUUCUGCCGUGAAGCAGUAAUGCGUUUCGGUUUGAAGGGCGAGGCAGCCGUUGUAAC